AUGGGACUGCAGCCCAUCCUGUCACAAGGAGGACAGGGUACCUCCCUCUGGCCCUUUGGUCGACAGGAAGUCGCAAAAGAGAAGGUGUUCUGGUUCCCAGCCAAGGCCUCCGGAGGCCUUGCAUGCUUCCUGUCUCUCAGAGAUCUCUGGGCCUGCGUGCUGCAGGAUGAGUCACCCAGCUGUCCCAGCCGAAUCUCCGGAUGUGCUAGGAAGCUGCACGGAGAGGACGGCCGUUGCAGGGCGUGGGCGGCACUCUGGGGUCCCUUCCUAACCUCCGGCCGCUCUCCCGGAACCGGUGCCUCCUCUCCGGGCAGGCCCGGCCCAGCCGGGAGUGACACCGCGACCCUGGCGCAGCUGCCGCCGCCCUCGCGGGCGCAGACGUCCCCGGGACCGGCGAGCGGCGCCGCCCCCAACCGACGACUGGGCAAUGUCCGCGACGUAUCCGUGCCGCAGUCGCCGCCCGGUCGCCGGGCCCACCUGUCCGCCCCCGGGACCAGCCGCCUGUCUUCCGCGGCCCGCGAGGAGCUUCGGCGCCGCCUGCUGGGCCUCAUCGAGGGCCACCGAGUGGUCAUCUUCAGCAAGAGCUACUGUCCCCACAGUGCGCGGGUAGGCGGGCAGGGGCUUCCGGGCCUACUGGUCCGUCGCCUCCGCGGCCCCCCACCCCUGCCCGGGUCCGCUGGUCCGUGCCCGCCUGCUCCCCGGGCCUCGGGCCCGUCCGUUCCGCCCUCGCCCGCGGACCCGGUCCGGAGGCUACACCGGCCCCGCCGUCCUUGGCUGGGCCACGCGGUCCUGCCUUCAGCCUCCGGGCGGGCCUGCGGGCGAGAGCCGGUGUCCUGCCCUGGCCGCGAGCCUGGUGGACGUGGGCGAGGGAUCCGGAGGGAAAAAGUCUCACGGGUCCUGUCCUGGGAGGAGAGCAACGGGGAGAGGCCGGCGCUGGUCCCGUCCCGACCGAGUUCCCCUGAUCCUCUUGGCGCCUCAGCGGCAGUUUGCGCCGGACUGCCCGCGGCCCCUCAGUGCACCUGUGUUGCUAAAGAACUCUUUUCUUCUCUGGGAGUUGACUGUAAUAUCUUGGAACUUGAUCAAGUUGAUGAUGGGGCCAGUGUUCAAGAGGUGCUGUUGGAGAUCACUGAUCAGAGGACCGUGCCCAAUAUCUUUGUGAAUAAAGUGCACGUGGGCGGAUGUGACCGAACUUUCCAGGCACAUCAGAGUGGUUUGUUACAGGAGCUCCUUCAGGAAGAUCCAGCACAUGAUUACGACCUCAUUGUCAUUGGUGGUGGCUCUGGCGGCCUUUCGUGUGCUCAGGUACGAGGAAAAUGACACCCGAAGAUAAUUUUCCUGGUGAUUGCCAUGAGCAUUUCUUCUGCUACUUGAAAGAAAGCCAUUUGUGAUGUUCCAGUCUACUCUGUUGUUGUAAUAACUGGUUUAAUGAAGAGGAAAAACUGGGUUUCAUCGCAACAUAGUCAUCGUUUAGGGGAGCGAGAAGUCGGGUGAGUGUCAGAAAAUGACAAGAUCUCUAUCUGUGGCUUUUGUGGUAGGAAGCUGCCGUUCUGGGGAGGAGAGUCAUGGCUCUGGGCUUCGUGGUCGCGCCGGCCCAGGGCCCAUCGUGGGGUGCGCUGCUCUUCCCACCGUCGUGCG